AUCGCUGGCUAGGCUGGUUGUGCUUUUUCCAGAAAAAAAUAACCCAAAAACGUUCUCCCUGUCUCGUUUGUUAUUUUAUGUACUUCUUCUUGUCACUGAAUCGUCCGACACGGAACCAACAUAACGGUUUAACAAAGGGAUCGAAAUUGGUGGAUGCUUUAGGCUAACGUGUGUCUGGCGUCGUUGCUUGCAGAAAACUUGCACAGGCAGAAAGUGAGAAUAGAGCGAAAAACUAUCGUCGACAGCAAAAUCAAAAUAAGAAGAAAAAAAAUCCUGGUGAAGCGCAAAUUUUGAAUGUGCCGAACUGCCAUCAGUCACACUUAACACCAAACGGAAAAACCAGACACAACAGAUGUGAAAAGGGCAAAAACAUACAACAAGGGAAAAAAGAACCAGCAGCAGCACCAAGCUAGACAAAAUAACAAAUACUUGAAAUUUAUCCACACCACUAGAAACGGGAAAGUUGUCAAUCUUGCGGCGCAUAAAAAGACAUUUUGAAAAUCAGCAUGCAUAUUUGAUUGAAACGAACGUAGAUUGCAUUGUGGAAGCAAACAAGAAAAGAAUGAUAGCGAUUUCAGUUGAUGUGGAAAAUUGUUAUGCAAAUGAAUGUGUUAUAUGUUGCUUUGCAACGGAAUUUAUAGCUAUCUAAAAACUAGGACAAAUCAUAGAAAACCACCAUUCAAAACGUCAAGUGCUUAAAGAAUUCGAUUUUGCAUUAACACUCCAGCACAACAUACACUUACAGCGCUAACGGCAUCUCAUGUAAUUGUUAAUCUUGUAUUUAAUCUCUCAAUUGUUUGGCGUAUGUGUAUGAGUGCGUGCGAACAUUGUGUGGGUGAGUUUGGUUUGUCGACAAAAUUAAAAUGACUUCAACUGAAGCGUAUAGAAAUUGAUAGAAAGUGUGUGUAUGUGCUAGUUUUCCCGUUGAUUUGUGUCUUAUUUGUUUAACGUCGAUUUCAAAUAAAUUAGAUUUGAAUUUAACGACGAGUUUACAAGUGUGAAAUAAACAUUUUCGAAAUAAUCAGAUACGGCAAAUAGAUUUUGGAAGAGCACACGGGACCGAGUGACGGAGCAAAAACGGAAGUGCUGAAUUUGUCUGACAGGCCGAACAACAUACGCGUAUUUCCAUUAGAACAUCUCAUACGGAAAACAGUUGGAAUCACACACGCGGCAAAUUGGAAUUAAGCGGAGGAAACAGAGCAAAAGAGCAAAAGAGUAAAAGAGCAGUUGUGAUUGUCAAUAAAAAUAAUGAAGAUAGUUCAAAUGGAAUGGUCGCAUUGGAUGCCGUGACUGAAAUACCAACAUUUAUUAUUCUUAUGUUCUGAAUCAUCAUCAGUGACAUUGUGCUAAAGGAACGCGCGGGCACGCAUACAGCACAGGCGAUUACAACAACGACGAAGACGAAGAUGGUUUCGGUGACAAACUCAUCGGAAGUGGCUCAAAUUAUGAUGCCAAAUAAGUUACUUAAUCCAACGGAUAUGCAUGCCAAUGGCAGUCUGCACGCAUUUCCGCCAUAUUUUUACGGCAUUGAUGGCGUCAACGAAUUUAAUGCCAGCUACAACUACUAUAACAACUUAACAUUUUACACCUACAUAUCAUGUCCAUCCAUUCAAUUGCCGGCCGGUAAUUUGAUAUCAAUGAUUUUGUACGCGCUUGUGUGUAUAAUUGGCCUGUUCGGUAAUACGCUAGUCAUUUAUGCGGUGCUACGAUUCUCCAAAAUGCAAACCGUUACCAAUAUGUACAUUUUGAAUUUGGCCAUUGCCGAUGAAUGCUAUUUAAUUGGUGUCCCAUUUUUGAUCAUCACAAUGCACGUCGGCGAAUGGACAUUCGGCAAGGCAAUGUGUAAGGCGUACAUGGUUUCCACAUCAAUCACACAGUUUACAUCGUCGAUAUUUUUGUUUAUUAUGUCGGCCGAUCGUUAUAUUGCGGUGUGUCAUCCGGUUUCAUCGACACGAUAUCGAUCGCCAUUCGUUGCGAAAAUUGUGGCGGCCAUUGCAUGGACCACAUCGGCCGUGAUUAUGUUGCCGGUCAUGCUAUAUGCGACCACCAUUGAAAAAGAGAGUAAAAAGUUAACGUGCAACAUUGAAUGGCCACAACAGGAUAAUGAUCCAGCAGCGGGUACAACAUUUAUACUUUAUUCAUUGAUACUCGGUUUUGCAAUUCCAUUAAGUUUGAUUCUAACAUUUUAUUCGAUGGUAUUGCGUAAGCUACAAACGGUCGGUCCAAAAACUCGAUCCAAAGAAAAGAAACGAUCACACCGUAAGGUCACCAAAUUGGUGUUGACUGUGAUCACAGUGUACAUACUAUGUUGGCUACCGUAUUGGAUAUCACAGGUGGCACUAAUCACAUCAUCGCCCGAAACCUGCAACACCCGUCUACAGAUCACACUAUUCGUGUUGGUCGGCUGUCUUGGCUACUCGAAUAGCGCCAUGAAUCCCAUAUUGUACGCAUUCCUUAGCGACAAUUUUAAAAAAUCCUUCCUGAAAGCGUUCACCUGUACGGCGGGCAAAGAUUUUAACACACAACUGCAGCUGGAAAAUAGCUUUUUCCCACGAUUCGGCAAAAGAAGCUCGGAGAAAUUUUGCUCGACAACGAAAACGGGCGGCACGGCCGGCGGUAUUAUUGUAACGAAUGCAAGUAAUAAUAAUUUAGCGGCAUCGGGUGGCAGUGAUCGGCCCAUACAAACCACAUGCAGUCUCAAUUUCAGCUAUAAACAAGUUAGCGACGGUAGCAAAAGCUCACAAAUCGAAAGUCGACACCUCGAAAUGCAAAGCCCCAAAAGUGACACCAUGAGUCUUUAUGGACUCAAUGAACGACCACCAGUUCUUCAUACUGAUCUUUAAACUAAUUUAAACAACUACCCUUCUUCACACACACACCACAUCCCGCUCUUCUUCCCCAUCCAUCCGACACCUAAAAUUAUAAACUGUAUUUUAGAAUCCCAUAUUUGUAAAUGUGUUGGUUUUGGCGAACUAUUUCAAUACUGAAUCGAACAAUAAGAUUUAGACAUUGUAAGCUGCUAUAACGUUUAAUUUUGUCGAUUGAAAACUAAACAAAAAAGCUCUCUUCUUAGCUCUCAAUAAAAAUAAAUAACAAAGUGAUGUGCUUAUUUGAAUAAAUUUUUCGUUUUUAGAAUAAAUACAAAUAGAUUUCAAUUCGUUCUGCCAGUUUCAGGUGUAUUUUGUACGCAUCAAUCAAAUGAACACCACAAUUUUCAAUUGUUCUGAAUAUAUCGUUGUUCAACCUGUUUGAAAUCUUCUUUUUUUUUCUUUUGUAAUUAAUGUAGAUUUAAUUCACAGUCACAAGUGAUCCGUUGGAAUUGUGUACAGAGAAAAUAUGCCACAUCCAACAAUAAAAAAUAGAUUUGAAUUUUGGUAGAUUGUUCGCAAAUCAUGCACACUGAAAAUGAAUCAAAUUCUCAUUUUCUCCACGCAAUCCAAAGGAAAUUUUGUAUUUCUUUCCCCCUAACUUUUUCUCACUCGAUGCAAUCACAGAAACUGCAGAGAAGGAAUGUAAAAAUUUGAACAAAAAACAUUGAAAUCUAUCUAUUUGCACUUAGUUUAAAGUCAUUGUGAUAAUUUAGUAUUAGACAACCUAAUUUUAAUUAUUAUAAAGAAACAAACAGAAAAUGCAUUCGAGAACAACAACAACAACAACAACAACAACAAAAAAUUACCAGUGUCGUUAUUUCGAUAAGAAGUUCGUUCACUCAUAGAUAAUUUGUAAGGGAUUUUGGUGAUGAUAAAUUUUGACUGAAAAUGGCAAACCAACAGCAAAUUUUACAAAACUCCUUUUAAGAGAAGAAAAAAAGCGCAGAAAAAAUCUAUUAUGAACUUUGAAUUGGCUUAGCCAUGUGAAUUGGCCCAGCUGUGUGCAUUAGCUAGCAUUGACUUUGAUUCACUUCAAUUUUAGUUUUCAAAUUAUUUGAAGGAAUUUCAAUGCCGCGUGAGUUGUUUCUUCAAAUAAAUUCGAUAUUGCCGAUGUUGAGUAGGACAAACACAUUUCUCAAAACAUUCAUUCGGUGACAUGAGCAAUUGAGCAUGCAUCAAGCUCACAUUCAUUCGUUUUGAAUGACAAUAAUUUAAUUUUUGCUAUUGAAAGCGUGCCCUAGUACAACAACGAACUUCAAUGCACAAUGUUCAUUUGAAGAGUGCAAAAUAAAAUGUCUAUGCAACUAAGAAUGGACGAUUUUCUCGAUGGAAAUUCUCCAUUGCACCAAUUUGAUGGUCAAUGGACCACAAAUUCAUGCAUGAAAUUUUCGAUUUGAUGCACUCUUCGUAGCAAAAUUGAACAUUACCGAAACGUGCAACAAGAGUGUCGAAAUUUUGUGAAAUUUGAAUAAAACCAAAAGCGUGAUUCAAUGAAUGUUAUUCAAAUUUCACAAAAAGUUGUAUGUGAAUUUGAUGGUGACGAUGAUCGAGUGGUUAGUUGUAAACAUGUGUGUACAAGUGUGCGUGUGUGUUGUGUCCAGUUUUGCCGAAAGUUGUUUUCCACAAAGGUGUUUGGCGAAAACUUCCAUGGAAUAAAACUGUCGUUCACUUCCGAUAUGUCAUGUUUUACAACUAACCACUUUGCAAGACGCACAAGGCAAAAUGUUUUUGAUGUUAUUAUUGUUCGGUGCUUUCCAUGUGCCAAGCAGUCGAGUCGGUUUUGAGAAAUGCGGCCAAUUUCCUCGCAAAUGGAAUUCAAGUGAAGAGAGUGCAAGAGCCAAAAUGCGAUGAAUACAAUUUUCAGUUGGUUGAGUGAAUGAAUUACUGGCUGAGUGUAUGUGUGUAUGGAAAGUCUUACGUUUGUAUAAAUUAUAAUUCUAUAGCCAAGGUUAAGGGGUUUCUUUUUCGUCGGAGGCGUGGCGCAAAAAUGAUGAUGAAAAUUGGCUGUUUUGCUGAAGAAUGCCGAAUAAAAGAGGUCAACAUGCGAAUAAAUUAAAGGCAACGGCGGCUGAAGUAGGUCGUUUGUUGACUAAAUACAUACGAUUUCGAUGUGGAAUGUCUUUAGAAAUGCGGCGAAUCGAUUAGCGUAUGGUUUCCGUUUGAAAUCAGACACACACACACACACACACAUGUGCGUCGACAAAUUUUAGAAGCACUUGGUGUUGUUUGUAAAUGGAAGGCGAACCGGCCCACGCAAAAACCCAUUGAAUAUUCAUCACUUUCCGCAUUUUCAAUUCAAUGUUUUCUCGCAUUAAACACACGUAUACAUCAAAUGGUGCCCAGCACUCAUUCAUCUUGCCAGAACAUUUACAACUUUGAAGCCGAGGCUAUUGAAUUGCGGCCAUACUACGAACACUAGCUUCAAGAAUCAAAUUGGUUUUUUUUUCUUUGAAAAAAAAAAAUGGCAUGAAAAUGAUUUUCAUCCAAGUUCAUUACUUGUAACUAUUAUGAAAUGCACACAUUUGCAAAUUAAAUCCAUGGAUUUAUCAUUAGUCUAUUUGUAAGUGUUUUACUUUCGAUUAACAACUAAAUAUUUUUUUAUACAUAUGCAAAGGCAGCAUCAUCAAUUAGUCCAAUGUUGUUUGUUGGCUGCUUUUGUCCAUCCAGCACACACACACACACACACACACACAACAAAUUGCUGAAAUUUCAUAUGGAACACACACACAUUUACAACUGACUUAAAUAGUAAAAUGCCUAAUUCCGCGUAUAGUAAAUGAUGAAUGUGUCUGUUAAAUUUGAGAAUCAAUGUCAGAAAAUAUAGUUGAUUUUUUUCAAUGAAAUAAUUUUAGAAUGAAUUAAAUACUGCCUACCGUUUGACUCGGGCAAAGGCCACACACACACAUUAGAUUAUUUUCAAGCAGCAAAUGAAUCCUUCUAUAUGAUCUGUCACAAUAAUAUUAUAUGAUAAAAGAGGACAGUUUUGCAAAAUUUUAUUCAUUGAUGGUGCAACGAACAUUAACGCUCUAGCUAAAAACAAACACAAGUUCAGCCGAGGAAAACGAACAUUUUUCUUCAAUAAUUUGUUUGUUUAUUAUUUCAUUUUUUUUCGCAUAGCAGAAGACUCAAGGGCAUUUGAAAACUUGUAAUUUUAGUAAUAUUAUAAACAAAAUCAAAACAUAUUUAAUAAAUUAAAUUAAUACUAAAUGGACUAAACAAA